CCGGCGCGACGCCUCAGUUCCUCGCCGUCGCUGGGCACCGGAACACUCGCCAGUGGGAUAGGAGCCACCUCUCCGUCACCGCAGCCAGCCAUGGGGAUGGAGUAUUUCCAGGAGUGGUCCCGGGAGGUCAAGACUUCCUCGUCUACUACGACGACUACCAUGACAACGGCGGCGAAGUUGUACGGGAAGGAUGUGAGCGAGUAUGAACACCUGGACGUGGAUCAGCUGCUCAAUCAGUUAACCCCGGAGGAAAUAGACAUCCUAGCCAAGGAAGUGGACCCAGAUGAUCAGUUUCUGCCACCUUCUCAGCGCUGCAACUACUCCUGUGAGAAAAGUCCAACAGGCCCACUGAACCGCAAGAAGCUGAUAGAGCAUAUCAAUAAGCAGGCUCUAGAGACUCCUGACAAGCCGGAGCUGAAGCCGUACGUACCUGGCACCGUCCGUGGCAAGAAGUGGAUACCUCCACCACCUCCACAACGUGAAAUAGAUGCUGAUGAGCAGAUUGCCAUAGACCUGGGUGACGAGUAUGAAACUGCUCUCGAUAAAGCGACGCAGGAGGAAAUCAUUGAUCUUGCAGCUAUCCUGGGCUUCCACUCGAUGAUGAAUCAGGAGCAGUACCACGCGUCUCUGCUCAACAAGGACCAGCCAGUUGGUCUGGGCUGGGAUGGCAUCACGAAGGCUUCGCAGCCGAAGCCGUACCCAGCUGACCCGCCCAACCUCACAGAUCCCGACUCAACUAUUCAGCAAGUCAAGGAUGAUGACCCCACUCUUAUUGACCUCAACUGGAACAACAUUAAGAAUAUUUCUGAAGAAAAAUUUGAGCACCUUUUCAAUGCCCUGCCUGAGAACACCCAUUUGGAAACACUGAGUUUGAGCAAUGUGGGAAUGACGGACAACUCUGCUAUCAAGUUAGCAGAAGCACUCGAGCGCAACACUACUUUACGUGUCGUCAAUGUGGAAACAAACUUCAUCAGUCCACCCGUUAUUGUGAAGCUUAUUAAAUCCCUCUUGGCAACCAAAACAAUUGAGGAGUUCAGAUGCUCUAAUCAGAGGUCGCAGGUGCUGGGCAACAAGAUAGAGAUGGACAUAACAGGCCUGGUGGAGCAGAACCCGACACUUCUGCGGCUCGGCCUCCACCUGGAGUACAAUGACGCACGCCACCGCGUUGCAGCUCACCUCCAGAGGAACAUCGACAGGAUACGCCUGUCUCGUGUGGGAGCGACAAACUCGUAGUGUGCGAUGAUGUCUCUAAUAGGUCGCCUCCGUCGGAUAGGCAGAGCUUCGCGCAACUACACCAUUGGAUUCGUCACACACCACAAGAAGUCCAUCCACGAGUGAUUUGGCUACCUCCAACAGAAGUUCUGUGUGUAGUGUGUCACUGUAUGCUGCUCCAUAGGUGUUGUUGUGGACGAUAGAAACUGUGCUCUGUUUUUGUCCUCUACUCGCUAUCUGUGAAAGUUUUGUAGCUGGAAAUGGGAGGGAAAAAGUGAAAAGUGCAGAGGAGCACCAAGUUUGUAAAUGUCCUGUCAACGAAUUACAGAUAUGCUGAGCUAUUUGUUUCUUUUUUCCCCCCCUUGCUUUUUGAAACAGAACACUCGAUAUUUCCUUCUUGUGUAUUUUAGGAUAUACUCCCUCUUUCUUCUUCAAAACCCUUCAUAGAACCAUUCAGUGCUAAACAGUGAAUGUUAUGUGCACAAUUUAUCAGGCUUCAGAUAGUUGUAGUAUGUAUAAAAUUUCACACUUGAUGAUAUAUGGCAACAGCAAAUGUUCAGCUGCUUGAGGUGGCCUUGAGCCCUGUAAAUUUUUUAAGUUUCUGAAUACAAUGCGUACAGAAAAAGAAUGAAAAGAAUUUCUUUGUUAUUGUUUGAGAAACUGGCAUUUUCUCCUGUUCAUAAACAUGUUUUAAGCAGUCACUAAUGGUUGUGAAGAGAAUUAGCUUUGAAGCUGGGACAAUAAUAUUUUCUGACAUGCACGUCAUACUCGAAUUAUAAGAAACCGAUAGCUUUAUCAUUUUUCCGUUGUGUCAUAUAUGUUAGGCUUUUAUAGCAAUAGAUUGGAAAACUUUGUAGAUUAUAUCAGCACUGAUGUUUCCCAUUUUAAUAAAAUGAUAGAAAAUUUUCACAUCAAACAGCUGUGCCUCACAUAGAAAUGUUUUGCUAUGCACAAUUUAAACAAAAUAAUGUGAAGAAUUUUUUUACUUGCACCGCACAUUUUUUUAUGUGAAAAUAGUUCUUCGCAUUGUAUGUCCAUCGAGACCCAGUGUCACAGAGGUAGUUAUUUCUUUGGCAUUUCUAGAUGCAGUGCUUAUUGCAAAGUCGUAAUUGCAUGAAAUAGCUGUUUGUAAAGAAACUGCUUUUAUGUGACUUCUUGUAAAUUAUCUAUUGUAAGUAUUUUGUAAAGUUUUUCCCAUAUAUUAGAUCAAAUUAAAGGUCUUAAAAAACUG